AUGGCCAGCGCAUCGUGCCUCGCAAAGGCGAACCUGCAGCCGUCGCCGUGCGCUGCCGGUCUUAGAAGCCAGUCCGCGGAUUGCGCGUCGUUGCGCAAGAGCGUCGCGGUGCAGCCAUGUGGCGUGCGGAGGGGAGUGAGCGUGCGCGCGCACAAGGACGCGGAGAGGGUUGGCGUGGCGGCGGCGGCCGUGGCUCUGACGGCGCAACUGACGGCCGCAAAUGCCGCGUUGGCCGUGGACGCGGACCAAGUGGAAGAACUGGCUAAGCAGACUGCUGACCUGGCAACCAAGGUGUACAGCACGAGCAUCGACGUGGCAGAGCAGGUGGUCCGCGUCACCAAGCCGCUGGUGGAGGCGGCAGCGCCGGUGGUGAUCGAGGGAGCGCAGGAGGCGUUAAAGGCGGCGGCACCGGUGGCGUCGGACCUGGCGGAGAAGGCGUCCAAGGCGCUGCAGGACUCGGGCGUCGACGUCGCGCCCGUCGUCGAGGCCGCCAGGACGGCGGCGAGCGUGGCGGACGGCGUGACCGACAGCACGGGGCGCGCGAUUACGGCGGUGACGCCGUACGCGACGAGCACGGUGGACCUCAUCAGCUCCGCCGACCCCACCGCGCUCUCCAUCGCCGCGGGCGGGCUCUUCGGGCUGUACCUCCUGCUGCCCUCCAUCGGCCGCGGCAUCGCCUACUCCUUCCGCGGCUACGCAGGCGAGCUGACGGCAGCGCAGGCGUUGGACGUGUUGGAGAGGGAGGAGAGCGUGCUCGUGGACGUGCGCUCAGAGGACCAGAAGCUCUCCUCCGGCGUGCCCUCUCUGCCCCGUGGGCUCUCCCGCAAAAUCAUCUACGUCCCAGUGGAGGAGGUGCCAGUGGAGCUGCGCGACCAGCUGAAGAACCCCUUGGACACGGAGGCGGAGCUCACAGCCAUCAAGGUGGCGUCGCUCAAGAGAAUUGGCCGCCGCGCUAAACUCAUCGUCAUCGACAACGACAAUGAGAUCUCAAAGCAGGUGGCGCGGUCGCUGGCCUCUCUAGGCUACCGCAACGUGUGGGUCGUGCGGGACGGCGUGGAGGGGCGGGCUGGGUGGGCGGCGAGCCAGCUGGCGAUCGACUCGUACGACGGGCCACCCACAAGCUGGUUCUCGGUGCCGUCUUACUCGUCGGGCGGCACCAGCAAGGAGCGCACCGGCACCCAGAAGCUCGGCACUCAGUCAAGGCUCGGCACUCAAUCGGUGUCUGCAGCUGCCUCCACUGCCGCUGGGGAGGAGUAA